AUGUUGACUAUCUUGUCAAUUCUCCCACUUUCUUCGUCAGACAUUUCUUCGCCUGUACGCAACUUGCGAAGCGGUGAAAUGAGCCCCAACACACUCGAGCUUAUCUGGGACGAUCCCAUUUUACGCGAAGGCAAUGUCGACCAUUACGUGAUCACGGUACAAGAUUCCGUCACGCCUGCUCUCCUGAAUACCACCCUUUUCAUUUCUGGCACUCAAAACCAGGUGGUGGUGACCAACUUGCUCACCUGCACAAGCUACGAUUUUACCGUCACCCCGGUAACCAAAUUUGAAGGAACUAAGGCUCUCAUAAGUCUCUACGUGCCAGCUGAACGUAAGUAG